CACCUGCCCCAUCCCAGUGUAGUGGGGAUGCUGGCCGACGGUGGAGGUGGAGGUCUCCGGGGAAAACCAAGUGGCCCACGCACUACGGUCGCCAGCUCCGGCGCAGGCACAUGGACAUUUUCGAGACGAUGCACGACGUGAAGCGCGCCCUGUUCCUCCAGGUGGCCAUGGCCGUGUCCGCGGUCAUGGUGGAGUGCAUCUGCGAGCUGUACAACCUCUUCAACUUCUGCCUGCACACCAAGAGCGGCGUCGUCAACGUCUUCUGGCCGCUGCUGUGCGCCGUGGAGGUCACCCUCACGCUCUCCGCGUGCCAGGGCGCGCAGAAGGCGUCGGACGAGCUGCUGGAGGAGGUCGAGGACACCUUGAGCCUGCCGACCUUUCCGCAAGAGGCGCUGGAGGAGCUGAAGGUGCUGAGGCUGCAACUCCUGCACCUGCCCGUCCGGUGCGUGGCGCUCAGCUUCUUGCCGUUGGACCGCAGGGUGCUGCACGGAAUAAUUGCGACCGGCACAACGCAGCUCGUGAUACUGCUUCAAAUCCAGUUUCAGCGGUGAUCAGUCAAAGUUGGGCAAAGCCAGCGGGGGGUGCGGAGUAACAAGAUGCGAAAUACAAAAUAACAAGAUAUGAUUUAUUAGUCUUUAGAGAAGUGGAACAUUGUGCACACAUACGUUGUACUUGCUCGUUCCCAAGACAUCCCGAUUGUCACAAAUGUUGUACCAG